AUGUUAUAUCACGUGCGUUGUCGUGAUGACAGAUCAGCGUACAUCAGUGGUAAAGGUCUUGGAAUACAACUGAUAGACAGGUCAGGGACAGAGUUGGAUAACAUCAGUACUGACAGAGUACCAUAUGGUCUGGCUGUGAUGAAGGACGGAAGUCUGAUUUAUUCUGGUGGCUUCAAUCAUUUUAUCCAUAGACUGUCACUCAAUAAACAGUUUACAAAACUCAUAAAUACCGAGUAUGAACCUACGGGACUACUUUGUAUCAGGUCAGGUGAUAUCAUAGUCUGUAUAGGUUCUUAUGUUACUGCAAGAGUGGUCAAGUACAGCAGCAGUGGGACGAAGAUCCAGGAAUUCAAGAAAGAUCAGUACAUGGAGAAACUCUUUACUGAUCCAAAGUUUAUCUGCGAGAAUGUAAACGAUGAUAUCUGUGUUUCUGAUCAAGGAAAUGUGAUCGUACUGACCAAGACUGGACAACUUCGAUUUAAAUAUGACGGGAAGGUCUGGUCAAUAUUUCAACCGUAUGGUGUGGCUACCGACAGUCUGGGUCACAUCCUCAUCGCUGAUAACGCCCAUAACGCCGUACACCUGAUCAGCCAGGACGGUGACUUCCUCUCCUACAUCCUGACAGAGGAUGAUGGGAUUUCACAACCACGAGGGAUCUCUGUCGACAGGUCCGACAAUCUGUGGUUGGUAGAACAUGAGAAUGCCUGUGUUAAAGUGCAUCAGUAUCUGUCAUAA